AAAAAAGGUGUGGAGCCUCUUACUACCAGGAAAGGAGCACAAGGAAGAGAGGAGCAUCAAAGAGGGGGAAGAGAGGAGUAGAGGUUUCAUUCAGGGGGAGUUUGGUGGUCUCAUUGAUUGUUAGGAGGGAAAAACAAGAAUCAGCUGAGAGAGAGAAAAUACAUUUUUCUUCUUCUUUCCCCCCCCUCACUUCGACAAAAGCUUUUUAAAAGACAUUUUCACUCUUCAACUACAAGUGAAAACAGCAGCGAUGAUGACGCCCACUCUCAUCCAGGCCUACAGGAGGCGCUGGUGGAUGGCGGUGACAGCGGUGAUUGAAAACCUGCUGUGUUCUGCUGUGCUGCUGGGCUGGGGCUCCCUGCUCAUCAUGCUGAAGAGGGAGGGCUUCUACUCCCACCUGUGCUCAGUGAACUCCUCAGUGCUCGUGACUUUGGGGAACUCCUCUGAUGGUGAGGCGGAGGAGUGGCUCAGCUGCGUGGACCAGGAGGAGAUGCUAAAUCUGGGGUUCACCAUUGGCUCGUUCUUGCUCAGCGCCACCACCCUACCGCUUGGUAUCCUUAUGGACAAGUUUGGGCCGCGCCCGAUUCGCCUUGUGGGCAGCUCGUGUUUUGGUCUGUCCUGUGUCAUGAUGGCCGUGUCUGCCUACAACCCUGACGUUUUGUCAGCGCUCAUCUUCUUGGCUCUGUCCAUGAACGGCUUUGGAGGCAUCUGCCUGACCUUCACCUCGCUCACGCUCCCCAACAUGUUUGGCGCCCUGAGCUCCACCGUCAUGUCUCUGAUGAUCGGCUCCUAUGCUUCGUCGGCUGUCACCUUCCCUGGAGUCAGGCUGAUCUACGAUGCAGGCGUAUCCUUCCAGGUGAUCAUGUGGAUGUGGGCUGGUCUUGCUGGGACUGUCUGUCUCAACUGUUUCUUAAACUGGCCUGCAGAAGGUUUCCCAACACCUGAAGAAGUGGACUACAGUAAGAUCCUCACUAUGAAAGAGCUGCCAUCAUCAGACCAGAAGAUGGUAUCAGAGACACAGAAACAGAAAAAUGGAGACGUGCAACACUCGACAGAGAAGCUCUCUAAUGGUCCUGACCCGGCACCCAAUGCUGUUCCGUUUCGCCGGUCCGUGUUCUCUCCCAUCUUCCUGUGGAGUUUGGUUACCAUGGGGAUGUCCCAGUUAAGGAUCAUCUUCUUCAUGGGGGCGAUGAACAAAAUGCUGGAGUUCGUGGUCACGCAUGGUGAAGAGCAUCCUACCGAGCAGCUGGUUUUGGAAGCAGAAACAAAUGUGGGUUUCUACUCUUCUAUCUUCGGCACACUGCAGCUGCUGUGUCUUCUCACAUGUCCUCUGAUUGGAUACAUCAUGGACUGGAAGAUGAAGGAGUGUAACGAGGAGACGACCGCUUCCUCAGGCACAGAGCAGAGACAGACCAGUGGAACCAAGAGGGACCGUAAGAUUCAGAAAGUGACCAACGCCAUGAGAGCCUUCAUCCUCACCAACGUGCUGCUCAUCGCUUUUGGAUGCUGCUGCCUCAUAGACAACCUGCCUCUACAGAUUUUGACCUUCAUCCUCCACACCAUGGUCCGAGGUUUCAUCCACUCCUGCUGCGGAGGCCUUUACGCUGCUGUCUACCCGUCCAACCACUUCGGCACCCUGACAGGCCUCCAGUCCAUGAUCAGCGCCGUGAUCGCUCUGCUGCAGCAGCCGCUCUUCAUCACCAUGGUCGGACCCCUGAAAGGAGACCCCUACUGGAUCAACCUCAGCCUGCUGAUCGCCUCACUGUCCGGCUUCCUGUUGCCCGGUUACCUGUUCUACCACCGCAGACACCUGCUGAGGGAAAAGGAGGCCAGAGACAAGCAGGCCGGCGAGCAGGAGAUGCAGGCGCUCAACCACAGCGAGGCCAACGGCUUCAAGCCCCACACCAACGGCCUCGCUGCUGUCGAGGCCUAAAAGACACAAAGGCCGAGGAUUGGGAAAAUGUAGGAUUUAUUUUUGUAUGUGCCUUCAGAAGGAGAUCUGGCAAUCUAUUCAUCCAAAUAAAUAUAGUUUGACAUUGGGUUUUUUCCGUGGCCAUUACUGCUGCAAAUUUCGCUCCGCACAACAAACCGAUCGCAGAUCAAACAGAGCCCACCGCCCCACCCACCAACCUAGUGUUACAGGAGAAGUUGUGUCAUCAUCAUUUGUUGCUGUUUAUUUAUUCUAGUUGAGGUCAAAUUCAUGUGAUUUAAAGCCAUGGAUGUCACUCGCACGCCCAGACACGCUCACAGAUCCUGGUGUAUCCGCUGCGAGGCAUACCACACGCAACACGGUACUUGAAAAGCUGUUAAACAGUCGCUUCAGAUAAUCAUCAUAAUCCUCGCUAACACCAAAGAACAGCUAAUGAUAAUAGGAACGUUUCACUUUGUAGUUCAGUUUUGUUUGAGAUGUGUGCUUAUGAAGCAAACGUUUAGUAGUGUUGUUUCCACUGUAAAGCCCUCAGCAAAAGCUUUAAUCAUACUUCAUCACACUAAUAGGAGCGUACAAGCUACCAAGGAAAAUGUAAAGCAUAAGAAACUCUGAAUACUCGACCUUUUGUACGUAUAAAGAAGGUUUUAUGAGUAUUUUCAGAGCGUAGUUAUUCACACAGACACGCACAGAUAGGCUGGUUGUAGAGACACAUAUCUACCUCCUCUGUUUCCUGUUUUUGUACUGUCUCUCUGCAGCCGACUCCUAUAUCUGUCCAUCAUUUGUUGUUUUUUGUUUCAAAGUUCACCCCAAACAAAUUUAAUCACAGCUAAAGUUUUUCCUUGUGCAUUAAUGUACUUUAGCCCUUGCAUUUCUGUUUUUUUUUUUUUAUUUCACAAGGACAUUUUUUUUUUUAAAACAGACACGUUUGUCAGUGUUGUUCAACACUUUGUACUGCUUUAUGCACAGAAAUGAACUAGUGUGUAUAAAAUAUGUAUUUAAGUGUCUUUUUAUACUCUAGCUGCAGUAGCUUUAAAAAGGGAAGCGUUUGUUUCUGUAUCAGCAAAUGUUGUUUUGUAGUGUGCUGAUUAUGAAUGAAGCUCAUGUGAUUUGCUUUGUAUUCAGCUUUUUGCCUUUUUUGUGACAUUUUUUGUGAUGGCUGCUUCAAUGCUCAGCCACAUGAUGAAAAAAUAUAUCAAAAUAGAAAAGUGUUCAUAUCUUCAAACGUGAUCACACAAUGUACUGUAUCUAGUCUGUACCUGCAAGUGUCAUGUAGAUUUAUAAAAUCAAUUGUAACGUAUAAUUUUGAAAUUCUCAACUCAAUUUCAGAGUGAAGACAGCUUUAGAGAGUUUCUUGUUUCAUGCAUUUCUUUUUCUGCUUUUCUGUUAUUUUUCACCCUGAGGACAAACAAGACUGUUUCAAAGUUUCAGCUCUGUGCCUUUGUCUUACCUUCAUCACAUAGUGAGUGGGAGAUGCAUUUCUGUGCCAAACGUAAACCAAAGCCAUGAUUAGAGACUGCAAAGCUUGCAUUUAGUACAGUUCUAUUCCUCAGGAGAACCUACAAACAGAACAUUAGUCCUGCAGUCCAGUCAUAAUGUUUGGUUUUUGUUGAUAAUCAGAUGUGUUCUUCAGAUUUCUCAGUUUAGAGGCUGGAGUUGAUGUUGUUGAGUUUAAAAACCGAUGAGUACAUUUCAUUCACUGUUGGAAAGAUUUUUCAGUUUGGCUUAUGUCAAAACUUUCUUUUCACAUUACAGUAUUUAAUGUUGAAAACUGUCAGAUCUCUAUUAAUGCUGGAUUGGUAAUAGUUCUAUUACCAAUCCAUAUUAGUACCUACUUGAAUUGUUGUUUAAAGUUUAGUUAAAUCAACACCUCACAGUCUCACACACUUUCCUUUAUCUGUGUUUUAAUACUGUACAGUCUACACUAGCUUGCUGAGUAGUCUCUCCUCACCAUCAGAUUUAUUGUGCUGGUAUGUCUUGCUAAAUGUACGCCUUUCUUUCCUGCCUUCAAUCAAUAUAUCCAGCUUGAGCGUUUGAAAAAUAAAAAUAUGAAUGUAAA